UGAUAUCCACUUCAAAUUGGAAAACCAUCGAUUUUUCUAUCGAUUAUUCUCAAGUCUCUAAUGGCAUCGAUUGUUUUGUGAAAAUUUUUUUUACGGCACAAAAGCGUCAGUAAAAAUCACUUGUCUUUAUAUGUGUGAAGAAAUAAAUUAAGUAUAUGGUAAGACCUAGGUGUGUUAAAUGCAUUUUGGGACAUAUGUCCUACAAAAAGGUUCCUUGCUAGCAACAUAUUGCAAACUAGUUGUGCACGAUCGUAACUAAACUGUGUAGUUGUUAUUUGGAGCUAAGAGUGCAAUCAAAUAUCUUCCACCUUUUUCGUUUUCUCAGUGAUAUCGACUAAUAGCAGCUUCGUUUUGGCUGUAAAAAGUAUUGGCUGGAAUUUACUAUGUCCUCGGAAGAAAUCGAUAUCCUUAGGAAAAUUGAACUAAUUGAGCCGUCGACCGGGAAACUGUUUUUCGAACACAAAACUGAACUAAUAUUCUGCAAACCCCACUUAAUACCUUUAAAAUCACAGGUGUUGGAGCGGUUAGAGGAGAUGCAAUGUGAAGCAGCACGAAGGCUUCAGGAGAAACGCCAAAAAACUACUUCUGGGACAAGAAAAUCUGGAAAAAACUAAGUAAAAACUGACUGAUCCAUUAAACAGUAAAGCAAAGGAAAAAAACUAGUCGGAGUUACAAAAAUAUAUAUAUUGAACCAAGUCUUUAAACAUCUAGGUAUAAC